AUGGAAGAGGACGACGAUGUACCUACACUUUCCGCAGAGACCUUUGCAGCUUUACAAGAGUUUUAUUCAGAGCAACAAAAAAGGCAGGAGAUACUGGAAAAGUUAGAAUCAAAACAGCAGUUAAAUGAAAAUAUAAUCUUCGAAGAGAAUUGGCAACUGAGUCAAUUCUGGUAUAAUGAAGCAACAGUCCAAGCACUUGUGAAAGUGAUUGAUAAAUCUCUACCAGAUAGUGGAAAGGUAGCACUUAUAUCCUGUCCAACACUUUUUGUACCAGUGAAGAGACAAGUUGGGAAUAGAGCAAAUGUGACUCUAUUCGAAUAUGACAGACGCUUUGAAGUGCACGGGACAGACUUUAUGUUUUAUGAUUAUAAGUGGCCAGAAAAAGUACCUGCAGAUUUGGCACAUUCAUAUGACAUAAUUGUGGCUGAUCCUCCAUUCCUUGCAGAAGAAUGUAUUUCUAAAACUUCUCAAACAAUAAAACUGUUAGCUAAAGAUAAGAUUAUAGUUUGCACUGGAGCUAUCAUGAAGGAGAAUGUAGAGAAGUUGUUAGAAUUAAAACAAUGUGAAUUUAAACCGCAACAUCGAAAUAAUUUGGCUAAUGAGUUCUGUUGUUAUGCAAAUUUCAAUUUGGAUGAAGUUUUGAGA